AUGCUCCGAGUACUCGAGGCCCAGGCGCCGCCCAAGCAGACGGCCACGGACACCAUUAGUACGCUGAGCAGCCGACUUGCCAGUGCGACGCUCCUCGAAGACCGCCGGGCUGCCAUUCUUGGCCUUCGAAGCUUUGCAAAAGAAUACCCCGCCUCUGUUGCGUCGGGAGCUCUGCGUGGGCUCAUUGCGUCUCUGACCAAAGAUGGCGACGAUGUCGACACGCUCAAGGUGGUGCUGGAGACACUGAUUAUGCUCUUCCACCCGGCUGAGAACAGUCCAGAAGCAUCCGAUGAGAUUGCCCUGCAAGAUAACAUUACCCUACUCCUCGACCUGCUCGAAACCCCCAACUUCUACUCGCGCCUAUACUCGCUGCAACUGAUCCGCGCUAUUGCCCUCGCACGACCAGAACGAACGCAAGAAUGCAUCCUCAUAGCACCUCUGGGCACUUCGCGGCUGGUAGCAAUGCUGGACGACCCCAGGGAGGCUGUCCGCAAUGAAAGCCUCGUUGUGCUCACCGACCUCGCCCGAUCCUCGUCCGAUCUGCAGAAGCUUUUUGUCUUCGAGGAUGCUUUCACGAAAAUAUUCAACAUGAUCCAGGCCGACGGUGGCCUCACCCAAGGCGCCAUAGUCGUACAGGACUGUCUGAAGCUUCUCGCCAGUCUUGUACGUUUCAACGCAUCGAACCAGACAAACUUUCGAGAGAUGGGCAACGGCGCUAGGUUGGCGGCCCUAUUGCCAGGUGCGAAGAAGCAAAAGAAGUCGCGUGCUGGUCCUGAGGAAGAGGACGACUGGGUCAGUCCACAGAGUGACAAGAAUAUAUGGGGUCUGCUAGCAAUCAUGCGUAUGUUUCUCGUCAAAGGGGCCGUAGGCACUCUACAGAACCAGGAUGCUUUUCAGAAACACGGGCUCGUCCGACAACUGCUUAGCAUCGCGUUUGACCCCGCAACAGCCAUGCCUAUCAAGAUUGAAGCUCUGAAUACUUGCGCCGACAUGAUCAGAGGAAACACUAGACUGCAAGAAGGCUUCGCUCAGGAGCAAGUACGCCCUAUGGUAGAACCAGCUACAAAUGGCGUGUCCUCUCCAAAGAGCGUUGCAACUGUGUAUGUCAUCGAGGCACUGCUAAAUUUGGUUCUCACCCCUGCACCCAACGAUAUGUUCGAUGUGCGCACUGCAGCUUGCGACUGCAUCAAAGCCUAUUUCUACAACCACAUGCUAGUCCGAGAACACUUUCUCAACCGAGCAGUUGGUGGCCAUGAAGAGGGUGACGAAACAGCAAAUGCUUUAUCUAUUCUCAUGGCGGGGCCGCAAGCCUCUCAGUCCAGUGACCCCUAUACAACCUGGUUCGCAGCUACUAUGAUAUUCCACCUCAUCUUCGACGAUCUCCAGGCAAAACACACAUUGAUGCAGGUCAAAGAAGGCGAUGCAGAGAGUGGGGAGGAAGUCGUGACAUGCAUUCAGACAUUAACCGCGAACUUGAUCGCAAGCCUACAGCUCGGUGAGGAUGAGCGGAUAUCCAUCGCAUAUCUCAUGCUUCUAUCUGGAUGGUUAUUCGAAGACGCUGCUGCGGUGAAUGAUUUCCUUGGCGAGGCAAGCAGUUUGCAGAGUCUAGUGCAAGCCGCACUGACUCCCGGCGACGAUAAAGUCGUUACUCGGGGUCUUUGCGCGGCUCUACUGGGCAUCAUCUAUGAGUUCUCGACAAAAGACUCGCCAGUGCCGCGGCGCGACUUGCAACCUGUACUCAUCUCAAAGCUCGGUCGUGAGAAGUACCUGAACGCCAUCACAGAAUUACGACACCAUCCCCUUGUGCGCGACUUCGAAGUGUUACCUCGCAACGGCGGGGGAGGAGGGAGCCUACCCGAGGUCUUUCUAGAAGAAGGAUUUGUAGACUUUCUGAAAGACAACUUCAGCAGGUUGUCUCGCGCAAUUGACCGCAAUCCGAACAUCGAGCAACACCAGUCACAUGAUGGUGUUGAUCGCGAUGUCGUUGAUGCAUUGCGAGGACAAAGUGACGAGAAAGAACGAGCUAUCCAGGAGCUGAAGUCACACCUUAUGGCUUUAGAGCAAAAGCUCGACCAGGAACAAGCAGAACAUCGGAAGACACAGCAAUCGGCCAAUGAACAGCAUAACGCACUCAAGCGAAUCAACGAUAAGCUUCAUGCGGAAUACGCCAAGGAAGUCACGAACAAAGAGCGCGAUCACAAGCAAGCAGUGUUGGAGCUAGAGAACAAGGGCAGUCUUCAGAUCGUGGCACUAAAUAACAGGCUGCAACAGGCGACGAAGGACAGAACAACCGCGGUCACUACCGUCAAGCAGGAGUACGAUGAGAAGCUGCGCAACGCAAACAAUCACCUUGCGGAACUCGAGCGUCGAUUGAGCAUCUCGGAGAAGACUCGCCAAGAGUCCCUCGAAAUCAUCCGCAACCUCGAGCAAACUCAACAAAAAGCACGAGACGACAUCGCCACGAUCACCGGAAAGCUGCAUGACUCAGAAGCUCAGGCACAAGAGCAGGAAGCACAGAUUCAAUUGCUCGAAGAAGAGCGGGACACGCUUCACUCCACCAUUGACAGACUACACUCUGAAAAUCAGUCUGCUGUGGACAAGCUCAAAGCAGAGAACCAAGAUCUGAAAACCAAGGCGCAAGAUCAGAUAUGGAAAGCCAAAGAAUCUGAGGAGAAGCUGAGAAAGUCCGAGGCUAGCGCUAGAGAUGCCAAGGUCAAGGAGAUCAAAGACUUGCAUGACAAGUUGCGCAAGGCUCAGGAGAGCGAGCAGGAGAAGCAGACUGAGCUUGACGAUUUGUUUGUGUUGCUCAGUGAUAUGGAGGAGAAGAGGAGCAAGGACAAGAAACGGCUCAAGGAAUUGGGAGAAGAGGUCUCGGAUGCUGAAGACGACGAUGAAGAUGAGGAUGCAGACGAUGACGAGGAUGACGAAGAGCAAGAAGAAGACGAGGAGGGCGAGGACGACGACGAAGAAGAAGAAGAAGAAGAAGAGGAUGAAGACGAGGAAGACGAGGAGACGGAAGAGAAGGAGAGCGACAAAAAGUAG